GAAUCGUUUGCUUCCGGAUACUUGGUGUUAUUUAUAAUAGUGCACAUACUUCAAUAUUAAGUAUAAGUGAAGAUAUCGGGGCAUCCUCGCCUUCUGAUUAACGGCAAACAAAAAGACAGAUCCAAUUAUAAGCAAACAUGUGCAGCUGAGUGUAGCAUACACCUGAGAUAUGAACCAUCUGCAAAAACAGAACUGAACACUGAAAAACCGAAUCAGAAUGAAGUUUGUUAUCACUGAUAUAUGGAGGGACAUUUUGUGGUGGCAGCACAGUGUACGACAUAAACUUAUUACUAUAAGUUGUUAUAAUUAACACAUGAAUAAAACUUUCAAAAAAAGUGCGAGGUCGUAUUCAUGGGCUCGCGGACUAUUCGGAAAUCUGAUGGCAGAGGGGACAAAUCUGAUCCUAAAAGGUAAAGUGUGGGUUUUCGGGCUCCUGUACCUCCUCCCCUCUACUGAGAAGAGGGCAAGUACAGUACCAGUUCAGCUAUGAAGAUCGUAGUAUGCACUUUUUCUCAUGCUGACCGCUGUUAUUUAAGGCAGAAUACUGCUACAAUGGUAAUUUAUCGACAACGAACUACACAUUUCAUUGUACAGAAUAUUCCCUACAGAAAAGAAUGGCAAUUUACGGGACAUCGUGAUGUCACUCAGCAAUUCAUCAUUCUCAGUGCGGUUACAAAAGUAGGAUUCUUUCUACAGUUUCUAAUAAAAGCAAACUGCUGGAGAAACUCAGCGGGUCAGGCAGCAUCCCUGGAGGCAUGUGGACAGUUGAUGUUCUGCGGACUGUUCCUGACGCACUCAGUUGCUCUGAUAAAUUGCGUUUCUUUUGCUUCAGAUUCCAGCAUCUGCAGCCUUCUGUGUAUCCUGUUAACGUCUCGGGCUUUUCAAUUUGUCGUGACUGUGGAUUUGAAUUCAGACUUAAUGGAUCGCAGAUAGGACACAUUCAACUGAGCCACGUUAUGAUCAAACUCCCUGGCUAACUUCGGGCCAUAUCCAUUACAUUUUCCACCGCACACUGACCCUGUAGUUAUGCCACUGAAUGUUUACGGGUGUCUGUGAUGAUAGGUAUUUUUAUACAGCACUGUAUUUUGUUGAAAUGAAAUAAAGGCGAUUUGUUCAAUUUCUUCUCCUGCUUGGUUCCAGCUUGCUACCCACCACCCAUUUACGUGAUGGAAAGGCGUCCUUGUGAUGAUGCAUCUAUUCCCGGUGGUGGUGAUGCCUGUACGCCAGUGGAACACCGGACUUUCUACAGACAGGCAUCCUCCGACGUGAUGAGUCAGCCGGUGCAGGAGGGUACUGCCAGUGCUGCCUCUUGCCUCAUGCCACAUGCCUUAAGGCUUUUUUACAUCUCACCACGCCUACACAAAGGCCCCGUUUUAUGCCUUGACUGGCGUGUUCAGCAGGGCCCCCUCCCCCAUAAUAACAUACCCACUGCAGUAAAGCGUGGCUUUAUUCCAUCAAUCCAAAUUUAACAUCUAGGAAAGGCGGAAUGCUCCAUGGAGGGAAAAGGUCAGCAGGUGAAUUGAAUAAGUCGCCUUACCGGGGUAGGCAGGUUCUGCGAGGACAUUCACAACACUCAGAAUACUGCAGAGCCUCUAAUACUGGGGAUAGGAAAAACAAGGCCCAGGGCUCAGAAUUCGGGAUUGCUUUAAAAACUGAACAAAAAUGUACUAGGAAGCUGGUAUUUUGAGUUUUUAACAGGUGCUUGCAAUUUUUAUGCAGACAGACGUAAUUUCUGUCAUUAAUUACGGUACCUGGAAAUAGUGAGCAAGGAAAUUUAAAUCUGAAAACAUAGAGAACUUUCCCGUAUGUCAUGAGCUGUUUUGUUUCGGUUUCCAUCGUUGAAGAGCAGAUUGUCCCAAGAGCUGACUUUUCCUACUGAUUUCCUGAGAUGCUCCUGAGUUGUCUAGGUUCUGCCCAGCGGCAUCCCCAGAUGUGCGGACUACGUCGUGCUUUAACCUUUGAUGAGGUAUAUAGAUAUUCAUUUUUGGUUUAGUACAGUAUUGGCAGUGAAGAAGCGAAAUGAAUCUAUGUGGUUCAUCCAUUUGUAAUUAUUCAAUAUACCUUACACCAUUUGAAUAUACCGCUUGAUGCCUUGUUUUUUUUUCCCAGCCGACUUGAAGCUCUUGGCGUUGGGACACUUGGGGUAGACGGAUAUCAGAGUAGUCAGGAUCAGCAUUUGCUUGGGGUGAAUUGGCCAGAAGACAUAGAAAAACUCGGGAAGCAGCUUUGGAUAUGGACUGGCUGAAAAACCCAACAGAUAUGGUGAGGAUUCAGGGGAUGUAAUUCGGGGGGGGGGGCUAAUGUGAGGAAUUGAGAUCAUCUGUAUUAAUAUAAUCGCUUGGUUUUAGGAAACCUUCGGGGCGAGUAAUUUGAUCCUUUUUUUUAUUUACUUCUGAGGAUCUGUGGGACACUGACUGGAAUUCAUUGCUGAUGCCAAAUUGAGUCAAUCAUUCUGCUAGGAGACUCACACCUAAUGUCAGAUUUCCUCCCUUAGGGGGCAUCAGUGAACAGAAUCCAGUAGUCAGGAGAGUUUGAUUCCUGAGAGUUAGUUGCUCUUUUUUUUUAAACCGCUGAUUGCUGAAUUUAAUUUCCAUCACGGCCGCGGUGGAAUUUGAAUUUCUAGAUGAGUCGCUUGACAAAGAAGGGCACACAGAUUGUAGGUAAUUUAACACGGCAAGAACGUUGCAGCUCUUUUAACUUGCUCGGCCGAAGGCAAAACCGUGCUACCGCAGCAGAGCGUUUGAAUUGGGACACACCAGUGAAGGUGCUGGGGAUGAACUAGGACGCCCGGAGUGGUCGUUUGUCGGGACUGGCUCCUACUUCCUGUUCCGCGGGUGAGGAGAGUUAAGUGCCGCAGGAUUCCGGGCUGCGGCGGGUUCUGCUGGAAAUGGCAUGGAGGAGAAGGGGGCUGGCGCACGCCGCAAGCCCAGGGAGGCGUGGGCCAUCCAGCGGACUGCAGGCGGCUGCUGAGGACGGCGCGGUCGCGGAGACCCUGCAGGAUGGCGCGGCCUGCACCGAGCAACUUCCCGCUGGCUUGUCACACCCCGGCCGGCUCCUGUGGGACUUCUUCAGCCGGCCGUGCGUGGCUUUGGCCCGGGAGUUCCUGGGUCAGGUGAUGGUGCGGAAGUUGGCCGACGGCACCGAGCUGAGGGGCAGGAUUGUGGAGACCGAGGCUUACCUGGGCGGGGAGGACCAGGCCUCGCACUCCCGCGGCGGCAGGCGGAGCCUCCGGAAUGAGGCGAUGUUCAUGAGCCCGGGCACGCUGUAUGUUUACCAGAUCUACGGCGUGUACUUCUGCCUCAACGUGUCGAGCCAGGGCGACGGAGCGGCCGUGCUGGUGCGCUCGCUGGAGCCUCUGCAGGGACUCGACGCCAUGAGGGGGCUCCGCGGCCAGCGGAGGAGGGCAGGGGGCAAGCCCCUCAAAGACCACCAGUUGUGUAACGGCCCCUCCAAACUGUGCCAAGCGUUGGACAUCACCAAGAGCUUUAACAAGGAGCACUUGGCCACGGACACGGGUCUCUGGAUGGAACGAGGUCCCGAAGCCAUUGUUGAAACUGAUAUAAUCUCUACGAGCCGAAUUGGUAUAGGUUAUGCAGGGGAGUGGGUUAGCAAACCUCUCCGGUUUUACAUCAAAGGCAACAAGUGUGUGAGCGUUAUAGAUAGGAAAGCAGAAACGAUGAACGACUGAUCGUACUGGGUUGUGCCAGUAAAAUCUCACCCUUUUCGAUGCCCUCGUGGUACUGUUAGUGGUUCUGUAAUGUAAUUUUGUGUACUGACGCCGGUAACAGUUUUAAUGCUGAGCCUUUUAAAGCAGUCACUUAAUGAUGUGACAUUCCAAGAAUCGUGUUCUGAUUCCGUCCUUAUAAUGGCCAUAUUGAAAUAGUACAUAUAUAUGGCUUGACAAAAAGAAAGGAAACACAAUUUUAAAUCUCCGAAGUAAUGUAAAACGAUUAUUUACUAAAAUACAGGAAAAUUAAUAUUAAGGUGUAAUAGAUGUAAGAUGGACUCAGCGUUUUAAAAAUGCACAGGUACUGGUAGAUAAGUACCUUAAAUAGACCAUAAACAUGUUUGUAUAAUGUACAUUUCAAUUAACUGUUCACAAUUUUUUAAGUAUUUGUUACAGUAGGUUAUAAAUACCAUAUAAUACAGAAACCAAUCAGUCAUUGGGUCUGGACCAGCUGUUUAUUGAGCAUUUUACAAAACUCCCACAGCGCUAGUCCACUACAAAACUUUGCAUUCUCCUUGGUUUAUAGUCAUAAUUCCAUUUGAGAUGUGUGCUUCUGGCUAAAGAUGAGUGAUUGUAAUCUAUGUCAUUAUACAUAUUUCUCCCAACUUUUCUCCUCAUUCCCUGCGUGGUAAUUUUAACAGUUUAGUUGCUGACUUCUCCAAAUGAGAAACAUUUCCUCCCUCACUAUCAAAAUACUUAAUCAUUUUAAACAUCUCUCAGUUUAUCCGUUGCAGUAUCUCAACCCUCUUCACGUAAUCAGAACCAUCCACCUCUAGAGAUAUCCUAUAUGUAUGUGCCAUAGAGAACGUAUCCAAAAGAGGUAGAGAAACAUAGGGUUCAGAGGCAUAGUUACAUUGUGUUAAUGGUGUAUUGUAAUAUGACAUAUCCUGUGACUUGGACCAUAAGUCAUAGAAGCAGAAUUGGGGCAUUUGGCGCAUCGAGUCUGCUUCACCAGUCCAUCACAGCUGCUUUAAUAUUCUUCUCAAACCCCAUAUUCCUGCUUUCUUCCUGUAGCCUUUACGCCUUGACAAAUCAAGGACCUAUCAUCCUCAGCUUUAAAUAGACUCAAUUCGACAAAUUCACUAACAUAUGGCUAAAUAAAUUUACCUUAGUGUUUGUGCUAAACAUAGAAACAUAGAAACAUAGAAAAUAGGUGCAGGAGUAGGCCAUUCGGCCCUUCGACUGCACCGCCAUUUAUUAUGAUCAUGGCUGAUCAUCCAACUCAGAACCCCGCCCCAGCCUUCCCUCCAUACCCCUGACCCCUGUAGCCACAAGGGCCAUAUCUAACUCCCUCUUAA